CUUUGACUAAAUCACAUGACCGAUGGAAAUUUAGCAGUUUUUGGACCUCGGUGUGACUGUUUUUCCUUUGCGAUUUCCAAAGUUCAAAGUUGAAGCGGAAGCAGCGCUGUGAGGCAGCAACAACGGCUGCAGGCGGCCGCAGCAUUCAGGUGAGCAGGAAGCAAAGAUGGAGGAAUACGCCUCUAAACAACCAACCGAAAACCUCGACGACCCUCCCAACAGCCGACUUUUCGCGGUCACAAGUCGGUCCAUAACCGAAGAUGAGCUGCGGGAAAGUUUCUCUGUGUUUGGGGACAUCCAGGGUGUUUGGGUUGUGAAAGACAAGCAGACAAAGGAGUCCAAAGGAAUCUGCUACGUGAAGUUCGCCAAGUCCUCUCAGGCCUGCCUGGCCAUGGAGGAAAUGCACGGCAAAGUGCUGGUGGAAGGGACUAAACCAAUCAAGGUGUUCAUUGCUCAGUCGCGGUCUUCAACAAGACACAGAGACGUUGAGGAUGAGGAGCUGACCAGGAUCUUUGUCAUGAUCCCCAAAACUUUCUCAGAGGAGGACCUUAAAAACACUUUCAAGGAAUAUGGUGAUAUUGAGUAUUGCGUGAUCAUCAAGAAUAAGUCCACAGGGGAAAGUAAAGGACUGGGCUACGUGAGAUACUACAAACCCUCCCAAGCUGCACUUGCUAUAGAGAACUGUGACAAAACUUACAGGGCCAUCCUGGCUGAACCUCGCACCAAGGCUACAGCAACCGAAGAUUACACCGGGGGAACGGCCAGAGGUGAUUACAUGGGUGGCGCCGACUCCACGAACCAGUAUGCCUUACCUAUGGCUGACCCUGGCACCUACCCGGUGAUGGACUACCGCUCAGGUGACUUCACGCGAUGCCUGAUGAUGUCAACACGGGCCGCACUCACCCAGGAGCAGAUUUUUGCUCUGUUUGACAUCAUUCCGGGCAUGGAAUACUGUGAGCUGCAGAGAGACGCUUACGGAAUGAGCAAAGGUCAUGCUUUGAUUCGCUACAGUAAUCUUGGAUCAGCGGUUUACGCCAAAGAAAAGCUGAAUGGCUUUGAAUAUCCGCCUGGCAACAGACUGGCAGUAAAUUUUGUUGAUGAUGGAGAGGAUCGCAGCAGUCCUGUCGGGCGGAUGGCCAUGCAGUUUGUCGCUGCCCAGAUGAUGUCUGCAGUGUGGAACGGACCCUCCACCAGCCAAGUGAUGAAACCCCCUGGUUUCUCUGCUGUCUCCACUAUGUCCCGGAUUCAGACAGAUGUCAACCUGCCCCCUCUGAAGAAACUCGCUCCGCCCGACAGCAAGGCCAAGGAGCGCUUGUUUGUUGUGUUCAGCCCCUCCCCGCUGCCCCCAGAUGUGCUGGAAGACGUUUUCUGUCGCUUUGGCUCCCUUAUUGAGGUCCAUUUGGUUCCUGGGAGGAAGGUUGGAUACAUGAAGUAUGCAGACAAACAGUGUGCAGAUGAGGCCAUGGCAGUGCUCCACGGUCGCGUCGUCAACGGAGUAAAGAUGAAGGUGAUGCUGGCUGAUCCUCCCAGAGAGGAAUCUCACAAACGCCCCCGUACCUACUAGGACCAUCUGACAGGAAUGAGCGGUAAGUGCCAAGUUUCCUGCUGCAGGGAACGCCAGUAUGAAUAACAGGACAAUUGUGUAACAAAGUAUUUUGGUGACAUUGUGUUGUAUGUACUGUUAAUGUAUUCUGUGUCAGGCCUGUUACAUGGUUUGUGCAAGUAACACACACGCACACACACAGCAGAAAAGGCACAUUUCUCACAUUCUUGCAGAGGAAAAUAUGUUUCAGGUGGAUGUACAAACUGACCACCCAGUGAAAGAGCUACCAGUCAACCAAGCUUGAUAUAGCAGUAAUGUACUGUCUCUAUGCAAACACAAAAAUGUUCAGUGGCAGUUUGUGAAGACACAGUUUAUGAGAACAUUUUGAAAAAAAAAAAUCUUCUAUCUAAGCCAAUAAAAGGUAAAGAAAAACAUCAUUUAACUGAAGAUUGAAACUCUAUUUGAAGGGUAGACUCACAGCAGUUGUAUCAUACCAUGUUUUCACAGCAUCAGGUAUUACUAACGAGAACUCGCUCUGGUUGAACAUGCAGACUGUUGAUUACUUCCAGGAUAAAGAAAGCUUGUUAGCCUGUUAGCUGGGCUUUCCCUCAAGAAUAGAACAGGGGUGCAACACCAUUUUACUCAAGUCUGGCACCAGUAAUCUGCUUCAGUUCCAGGGUGUUAGAUGUAUAUUCUGACACAGUUUUAGUACAAAAAGCGCAAAACUUUGUCCUUAACACCCGUCUAAAAUAUGUUCACGUGAAAACGCUUUGUGUGUAAACUUCCAUAGACUGUGUGUGAGAGCGUCCUCCGUCUUGUCACGUCCACGUGCAGUCUUCCACACACACACACGUGCACACCUGUAAAACUGUAUUCGCCAUUUGUAAGGAAAGCACUACUCAGUGUGACGAGAUGUCAACAAGUUUCUAAUGACAGCUGUUUCUCUCCCCGUGAAUAACACUGCAGCUUCUUGUUCCCUAGGCGACUGUUGUCAUGACACAAUGACACCUGACCUGACCGACCGACCGACCGACAUCAAGACCUUCUCAAAAUCAAAACCUCUGACACGACCUUUGACACCUGUCUGACCUUACCUUUGGUCAGUGACCUUGCUGUGACUCACUGAUAUAACAAGUACAUAGCAGCAGCAUCCACUACUAAAAUGAAGUUUGAAUCAUAUACAGUCUGUGAAGAGCAGUGUUAGUGUGUGUCGUUUGUGCUCAGUGUCAUGCUUUUUAUGCUUUUUUUUUUUUUUUUAAAUCAUUUCAAACUUGUCACUGCUUUUGGCUCUUGUCAGCUGGACUAACCGAUGUACAACUGCAUCAGUAGCACAACAUGAUUUAUCAACAGGCGACUGCAGAAACGCUGCAGGUUCAAAUGUGUGGAGUUCGAUUGUAGUUCAGGUUGGCAGCAUUUUGUUCUUGCAGCAGUGUGGGUAGGAGGCUGCAGUCUGUUCGUAAGCUAAGAAACAGAAUUUGUGAUGCUGGGUCUAGACAGUUUUGUUUUUCAGGUCUGCUGCUUCUUUUUUUUUCCUCUUAUGAUAUGACCUGUAAUUCCGUGUUGAGCUCAGUUCAAAGGUGUUUAUCAGACUGUGAACUUUUUUUGUUUUUGUCUCAGUGAAAAUAAAGAUCAGUUGAACACACCA